CAGUGCAAUACAUUACAACUCGGGUGUUGAUAAGGUGUGGUUCCACCCCAUAUACUGUAAACAAAAGCCAUUCACAUCGGGCUUACUAACCCCGCCCACUGAAGUCAUCCAACAAAAAAGGGGGAGGUGUUUCUCUGCUGCACCUGCGCCCUGCUUCUACCUUGGCUUCACCUCCAUUGGCCUGUUUCGGCCCACUUGUAAAGUCACUUAAAAGCUAACGAGAAAGCAUCAUUUUAACAUUAAAGUCAGCGGCGCCACAGUGUGCCCCAGGGAAGAGCUUCCGCAGUACAUGUUUAGAAUGCGGAACCAUUAAUCAGAGAGGAAAGUUCCACCUGUGAUGUGGGGGGUGGAAUUGGAAAUGAACGACGACGGCGGCAGAGGCGAGCUGGGGAAUCCACCGUUGGCUAGCAUCACCCAGAAUUCCUCACAUUUGAAUGGACAUGCCCAAAAUGGCCAUACAGCUGUAUCCCAGGUCCAGCAUGAAUCCCAAGUCCAGAGUCCAGUGCCCCUUGCAAACGAUGCCGUCCCGAGGGGGCAGUGGGGUGGGAAAUACGAGUUCCUGCUUUCUUGCCUGGGAUUCUGUGUGGGAUUAGGGAACGUAUGGCGGUUCCCUUACCUCUGCUAUCGUAACGGAGGAGGUGUUUUUCUUAUCCCCUACUUCCUCAUGCUCUUUGUUACGGGUGUUCCGCUCUUCCUCAUGGAGCUCAGUCUUGGCCAGUACGGAUCAGCCGGACCCAUCACUGUGUGGAAAUGCUGCCCUCUGCUCAAAGGUAUCGGCAUUGGGAUGCUCUGUGUAGCCGUGCUGGUGUCUCUAUAUUACAAUGUCAUUAUAGCAUGGACGUUUUAUUACCUGGGUAGCUCUUUCCAGAGCCCACUGCCUUGGUCGUGUGAAGCCAUCGCCAAUGCUGCUGUCUGUGAUAAGAGCAAUAGCUCUAGUGGAGAACUCCUCAGCCCCACAGAGAUAUUCUGGAACGAGCGUGUGCUGGGUGUGGUGAACAGUGAGGGACUUCAUGACCCAGGUCCAGUUCGAUGGCCCCUUGCCCUGUGCCUCCUGGCUGCUUGGAUCAUCAUCUUCCUAUGUACACUAAAGGGUAUUCACAGCUCCGGCAAGGUGGUUUAUGUCACCGCUACUUUCCCAUAUGUCGUGCUGAUUGUUUUGAUCAUCAGGGGCGCUUCACUCGAGGGCUCUCUUCAGGGCAUUGCUUUCUACCUCACACCGGACUGGGGGCGAUUAUCCAGUGCACAGGUCUGGAAUGAUGCAGCCUCACAGAUCUUCUACUCAUUGGGUAUAGGGGUUGGAGGGCUGCUUUCCAUGGCUUCCUAUAAUAAAUUUGACAACAAUGUCAUCAGGGAUACAAUCAUUAUCACCAUAGGAAACUGCUGCACCAGCUUCUUUGCAGGGUUUGCUAUAUUCUCAAUCCUGGGCCACAUGGCGUGGAGGAAAGGGGUGCCGGUUGAGAAUGUGGCAGAUUCAGGUCCGGGAUUAGCCUUUGUCGCUUACCCAGAAGCCCUUGCACUGCUGCCAGGUUCAGUGUUCUGGUCUAUUAUCUUCUUCUUGAUGCUUUUCAUGCUUGGCAUUGACACACUUUUUGGCAACAUCGAGGGCAUCACAACUGCCGUGCUGGAUGAGUUUCCACAACUGCGAGGCAACACCAAGCACAAGUCCUUGUUUCUGGGCAUGCUUUGCUUUUGCUUCUACCUGAUGGGACUUCUGCUGAUCACGGAUGGGGGCAUUUACUGGUUCACGCUCAUCGACUCCUUCAGCACUAGUUUCGGCCUCAUCAUCAUCACCCUCUUUAUGUGCAUCGGCAUCUCCUUCUUCUACGGAGUCAACCAGUUUUGCCAGGAUAUCCUUGACAUGAUCUGCCACUGCCCUCCCUGGUGCAGUAAAGCCUUGUUGUACUUCAAAGCAUGCUGGGUAUUCUUUACGCCGUUUCUUCUUUUGUUCAUCCUGACCUACAUCUUCAUCGAGAUGUACAACACAUCCCUCCACUAUGGCUCCUAUGUGUAUCCUCGCUGGGGCAAAGCCCUGGGCGUGUGCAUGGCAUCUACCUGUUGCCUGCAGAUCCCCAUCUGGGGCAUCAUCGCUAUCAGCAAGGAAACUGGAUCACUGAAAGAACGUUUCCACAAAUCCAUUCGACCUCUGAACUCCUGGCGGGUGAACAACAACAGCGCCGGGAGGGCGGAGGCACGCGUGGACGCAGAGCGAGUGGAGGCUCCUUUCACCGUCACUCUAACUGACAUGGACUUCAACGCAAUGACAUGGGAAGAGGGACGUGACGGCAUGACAAACACACAGAAAUGAGCAAACUAUUUUGCUCUGUUUUGAACUCACCUUGUACAAUAGUAUUAGCGAGCAGCAUGAAUAGCGCUUGAGCCGCGGUGGCCUCUGUAAAUGCUGUUGCUGUAAAUAACAGCAACGGGGUGCAAGUAACCAUACAGUCAUGUUGCACACGCUGGAAGGACUUUCCAAGACUUCAACUAAGUGCAAAGGGCUACUUUGUGUCACUAUCAGGUGGAUGAUGGACCCACACAUAAUAAGUAGCACUAGAACAAACUUUCAGAGCAGUGGCACAAAAAUGCAAGACAUGAACUCCGCUUUUACCCCUGCAUAAUGCUGCUUUUGUGUGCUUUUAUUGCUCCUAGAACUUUUAUUUAUCAUGUAAGUUGGUGCUGAUUUGAUGAUUGUUUAUUACACUCAACAUGAAUAGAAACUGUUCCCAUCUUUCAUGAGCUGCACUCAAAUAUCUGAAACACAAAAGGCUGAAUAUUGUUCAUAAAUCUGUCUAAAUGUCAAUGUGCUGAUUUCACAGCAUUAUUAUUGCACAGGAGUGCCUUCGGCUGGCCACAUGAAAAAGACAAAAUGUGCAGUUCUACUGUUUUAGGAAACAAGUCGGCAUCAUUUGCCCCACGCAGUGCAACACGUUUACUUCACAUAGAUAGUUGAUCAUGUUGUUGAUUGUGACCUAUGGAAUGUUGAUUAACCUCACUUCAAUGGCGGUGUAAAGUUGCUAGAUGUUGGGAAAAAUUGGAACACUCUCUUAAUAUGCUGAUCCAGAUCAUCCCAAACAUGCUCAGUGGGUGAUGUGUCUGUGAGUAUGCUGACCAUGCAAGAACCGGGAUGUACAGAUCCCAGAGCAUUAUUAUGAGGAGGAGUCAUUGAUGAAUGACACAACAAUGGGCCCCAGGAUCUUGAUGGCCGGACAUUCUCUUUCAGGAUUUUUGGCAGACAGCAGAAUACAUGCCUGUAUUCAUCACAGCAAGUCAUCCAGGUCCUCAAGCACAGCAGCAAAACGGCCCCAGACCAUCACACAACCACCACAAUAUUUUACUCUUUUUUUUUUUUUACACCAGUGCAAUGGGAUACACAACUUCCAAAAAGGCAUGGGUGUAAUAACAACAAGAUACAUUUCCAAAUGACUGGACAGUCACCAGAUCAUAUCAUUGAUUGUUUAAACAGCAAUCAUUUUAUUUUGUUUUAACUAGCAAGCCUCAUCAAUGUUUCUAGUAUUUAUACAGAAUGUGCUCCUUUACGUGUAUAUAAAUAAUUGUCUGAAUCCAUUCUUUCUGUAGUUUGAUGAUCGAAUUGGACAUGGACUGUUUAUAUUAAACUGC